GAGGGUGUAUACGAUAUGAAGAAAACCGAAACCAGGAAAUGUUCUUCCUUCAAAUUGAUAAACAAGUCAGGACAUGACCUAGCUAGAUAGAAAGAGUUGAAAAUGCAGGUCUCAAUCACCGAUUCCAAGAUUAUAUUAAUAUUUAGUUUUCUACAGGUGGCUGUCUUAUCUACUCCAGUAGCAAAUACAACAAAAGACAGUUUUGCAAGUAGUUUUGAUCACCAUAACCUUGUGAAAAGAAGUACAUGUCCUCAAGAUGAACAUGUUGGAAAGAAUGAAUUGUGCUGCAAGAUGUGUGUAGCAGGCCAGAAAUUGAAUGAGGAUUGUACAACUGAACAUGGAUAUCCAACAUGUGAGCAGUGUCCAUUAGGAACAUAUACUUCCCACCCAAACUACUUAACGGCUUGUGAAGCUUGUAAAAUAUGUGACAUUAAUGAUGGGCUUGUGGAAGAGUUACCAUGCAGUAAUAUUAGUAACACAGAGUGCAGAUGUGUGAAGGGCUUCUACUGUGGUGUCAAGACAGACUGUUCCCACUGUACACCCUGCCAAAAGUGCAGUAAUUCUGAGAUUGAAGAAAAGGAAUGCACACCAACCAGCAACACGGUCUGCAAGCCCAGAGCAGAAAGUGACAGCAAAUGGUGGAUAUAUCUUAUUGUUUUAGCUAUAUUGGCAAUACUAAUAGGAUCAGUUUAUUGUUGGCGCACCAAAAAACUCUGCUUUGAUAAACCUGCAAUCAAUGAAAACAUAACUACUGAGACCAACCCUCUUCUUCCAGAUAUUGACCUUCAACCGCAUCUGUACUUUAUUGCGGACACAGUAGGCUUCAGUGAGACAAGGAAGUUUCUUUUAACAAACGGAUUUUUCAAGGGAGAAGUUGAAAAUAUUAUAGGGAAUCAUCCAAACAACGUUAGGGAUCAGACUGUUGAAUUGUGGACGGCAUGGUACCAACGGCAUGGAAUUCCCAAUGCCUACUCCACUUUGAUCAAGAAGCUUCAGGAAAUGAAACUAAAUCGAAAUGCUGAAGCAAUUAUCAGGAAUGUCAAAAAUAGUGUUCAAAAUUCAAAUAGAGAUAGGGAUUGUAAAGAUGCAUAGCCAUUUCCAAUGUGUUACAGCAACAAGAAGUGCCAAGGGUGCAGUGAGCAUUUUGUCAUCUAAAGAGCAAUGAAGAGGCAUCUAGCUGUCAGAGCGUCCUCGUUACAAAUUAUGUAACUAUGUGAAGCUAAAGCCUUCCUUUCACAAUUUAAAACAUGUCUAAUUCACAGAAAAGUGCAGUUUACACUACACAAUGAAAAAUUCUGAAAUUGACCUCAAACUUUCAGUCAAAUAGUGUAAAUCUAGAUCUGUGUAUAUUUUCCUAAUUUUGAAUUAUGAAUACAGAAUCUUGGUCUGCUUAACCUUCUAUAGAUCAAAUCAGUUCAUUGCUGUUUGGCUCGCUCUUGUUGGUCACCCUGAGAAAUUAAAUAAAUACAAAAAAAUGUAGGAUUCAUUUUCCGUUACAUAGCUGAAUGGAGACCAUCACAGUGGCUUGGCAUGUAGCACGUUUUAGUUUUUCCGAUGAGCCUGUGAAAUCCUGGCCAGUGUUGAGUGUUAGUCCACACCACUGAAGUACAGGUCAGAACAUGUCAGGUAAACCAAGAAAUGUCAGAUUGUUUACAGCUAUUUUGAAGCCUGCAUUUUCAUAAAAAUGAUGUAUAGUUUUUUUUUUUUUUUAUUGUAACACUAUUGUGUUCUAACAGUGCGUGAGGGUAAUGCAUAUCUGAAAUGUAUUAAUGUUUAAUAAAAUUUACAAGAUUGCCAAAACCCACAUGGGAAUA